UCAUUCUCAGCCACGUUAUCCAUCCAUCCAUACAUACAUACACAUCCAUUUGCACGGCAGGAGGAAACUCAUCCACUAACUUAUCUUGCUCUCUAGACUCUAGCCUCAUCGAUCUCCCGACCAUGGCGCGCCUUCUCCUCGUCCUCGUCCUCGCGGUGGCCGCCGCCGUCGCCCAAUCACUGCCCGCGCACGUUUCUGCGGCUCCCUCGCCAUCAUGGUCCUACCGCUGUGGCUGGUGCCCUCGCCGCUCCACCGCCUCCCUCCUCCCUCCCGACGCCGGCAUCCUCAUCGGCGCCGCGUGCGGUUACUGUGACCCGGCGGACCUCGCUGCGGACGGUGGGUUCCACAUCGCGACCGUCAGCGCUGGAUUCUUCCAUAGCGGCCGGGCCUGCGGCGCCUGCUACCAGCUGAGGUGCAGGGACCGGGGCGCGUGCGCGGAGGACGGCGUCAAGGUCGUCGUCGUCGCUGACGUGGCUAAGCCGGCGACGGACACGAACAGGACAGGCGGCAGCCAGUUCCAGCUCACGAAGGACGCGUUCGCAGCCUUGACCGCUUCUCGUGACGAUGGUCAGCUCAGGAGCUUGGUGGACGCGGCCGUCAACGUCGACUUCAGGAGGAUACCUUGCGCGUACAAGAGCAAAAACCUGGCGGUGAGGGUGGAUGAGACGAGCAGCAGGAACAGGGGGCACCUCGCCCUCCGCUUCCUCUAUCACGGCGGCCAGACCGACAUAGUCGCGGUCGAGGUCGCGCAGGCGGCGGCUCUUGGUGCCGCCCAGAGCGCUGCCGCUCCAUCGCCAAUGAACUGGCAGUACAUGACGCGUCACCAGGGGUCACCCGGGGGGUGGCGCACGUCGCGCGCGCCGGCCGGCCCGCUGCAGCUUCGGCUCGUAGUCACCGCUGGUUCCGGCAGCAAGUGGCUGCGCGCCGAAGGGGCGAUGCUCCCCGCGAAGUGGCAGCCUGGCGCGGCCGCGCUUUACCGACCAAACGGCACAACACGAAGCAGAAAAGUGAAGAGAAACGGAGGAAGGGGCAUAACAGCAAAAAAGACCCCGAAAGCUAGGAAACUUUACAACGACGCCCUUGGGAUAUUCCGACCUGGAACACCUCAUCGUCGUCGCCGGAGUUCGGCCAAAAGAAAUGGUGCGUGCUCCAUGAUUGUGGUUCCACAUUGGCAAGUAGCUAGUGCAUAUUAGUGGGCUAUAUAUAGACAUGCUUGAGAAUUGAGAUCGUUGUCAUUGUACUCAUGCAUGCACUACAUGAGUGGGUGGGUGAGCUAUCGGCAUUAGGCAUUCGGCACCUAGUCUCAUGACCAGUCGUAUGUACAUCUCGGCAUGCCGUGGGUCCAAGUCUAAAGAUACCUUGCGGCUAUCGUUGAUUCUU